GAUCUAUUCUUUAUGCGAAGUCAUGAAUAAUUCAACAUCCAUGUUCUUAAACACAUUCUUGAGCUGACAGAAUAAUGUGACACUCUGCUGCUGCAAUGAGAUGAAAAGGAUCACAAAUGUUUUAGAGAUUGCUGCAGGAGAUAAAUUGAUCUGUAGUCUGUGCAACCACUCAGCUUAAAACAUUGCUGUUAUCAAGAUAUUUUAGAGAAUCCAGGGGGCUUCAUGAAUUUAUGCCUUUGAAUCCAUUUUUUUCUGCUCUAGGUAUGAAGUGGGAGUAGAAAAGACUAUAGACAUGGACAUUUUUACAUUCAGAGAUUGCACUGGAACAGAUUAAAAGUGCUACAGUGGUUUAGGAGGUGACCUGAAAAGAUGUCUGCCCACGAAGUAAUGAGUCAUUCAAAAACCAACUGUAGUAAAUAUUUUCUAAGAGGGUAGAGUUUCAUAUUCUAUUAACAACGAUGUUACCUCUGUAUAUUAAAUCAAAUUAAGUGAAACCCAGACACCUCUUAGGUGGAGGAUAAGGUUGUUGUUUUUUUGGCAUCAUAUUCUGUUAGAAAGGGCUGUCAAAAUGAACGUAAAUCACCUCAAUACAUUUGUGGAAUUAAUCAAAUGAACACAUUAUUUAUGCAUAGGCAGUAAAACACACACUGUCUAUCCAACAGUUCCACCAUCUAUCCACUCACCACUGCUCUGACAUACAGUCAAAACACACGUUGAUGUUGAUGACACUAUCUGUACACAUUGCAGAAAAAUCGUUUUUUUCUUUAUAGUAAACACCCCAAGAUUAAAGGGGCAUUUCAAGGCCUUAUGUGUUUGUGGAGACCUGCACUUUGUGGCAGGAAGCGCAGUUUAUGUCCGACCAUUUUAACACACUGUAAUUGCAAAUUGCAGAAUGAAGCAGGCAUCAUUUGUUCCAGUUCUGUUUUCCCAGUCAUGUCAUCAUUUAUGAUUCAGCCUUGACUACAGAAUCAUUUUCUUCUAUUCAGUCCAUCUUUGUGGAAAUCAUACCAGGCACCAUGUGGUAUCUGGAAACAUUUCUGCUGGAGGAGAGUAAUGGCACCAUUCCUGACACUUGGCAUUUGGCCUCCUAGUGAGGGAGUCAGUGGAGAGAUGCCUGUUCUGUUUUCACCAUUCAAUUUGUUUUUGAAUGAAUUCCUUCCAGCUCCGACCUUAUUGAGCCAAACGCUCCAGAAAUUCUAAAGUCUUCAUUAUGGCCCCUGAAAAAGGGGGCUGCUCUGGGUUCAGCCCUCAAGUUGCAUUGGGAAAGACAGGAAGUAGACAGGCUACAGGCAUCGACCAAUCACGAUGAAGAACUCCAGUCUGCUUUAUAGGUCUGGCAGCAGAUUGACAGUGUUGUAAACACUGCGUGCUGCAAAGAUGUUGGAGACAAAAACAAAUUCUUCCGUUGUGGCUGAUAACCAUCUCUGCAUUUCUUGAGACUUCUUUUGGCUCGCAGAUAAUUUAACACUCAAAUUUCCUGAAAAUAAAUAAACAAAUAGUGCAGCAUCUGCUGGGGUGGAACACAUGGCUGGAAUAAUAUGGGCAGGCUAAUGAGCACUAACUGUGCACAGCAAAAACAAUUAGGGCAGCUGACAAAAAAAAAUGUCCAAAGAAAGAAGAAGAAGAAAAUGAAAGUGUGAGGUUGAACUAAUGCUUUCUGUAGCGGCUCGUGUCUCUGAUUCACCAUGCAAGUAAAUAUUUAAUAUGCAAAUGAACAGACCUCUAACAUGUGGCAAGGUCAUAAACCACAAUUACAACAUUCAUUGCCCUCUUUGUAAUUAAUGUAAAAAUGAUGGACCUAUAACCAUGAAUCUUAUGGGUUAUUUGAACUGGAUUUCCAGAGAAAAGGUGUUUUUACUUCAUCUUUAGUUGGACGCAGUUCUCAGCAUAUGGCUGCAUACGUUUCAGCAGUUCUUCACUGGAGGCUGUUGCAGAGGCAUGCUGAACUGUCUGUGAAGGAACUGCAGAAGCCCGGACUGAAGAAUGAUGUGAUUUAUUUUACGAUUGAGAGCAAAAAAACAAACAAACAAGGGAAACAUCACAACCGUGUCUUCCUAUAAGAGUCCCUUUGUCUUACCUGAAAUAAACAGUGUGAAAACAUAGACAUCCAUCAUGUCUGAGGCCAUAGCAAAGAAGGGGAAGAGGGGGGUUGCACCUGUAAGGUGCAAAAAUAAAUAUAUAAUGAUAAAACCAAUAAAGUUUCCAGAGAGAGCAGUAGAAGUUGCCCCUGUGAGCAUUUGUCCCUCCAGCAGCGCAAAAGGCUGCGGAGAAAAGCCCCCUCCCCGCCCCCCUUCAGGAAACAGCGGCUGUUUUUUAGUCCUCCGUCAGGAGAGAAGAGGGAAAAACGACCAAAGUUUUCAUGUCCCACUGAUAAAGAGCGCAGCUUGACUUUUACCCUCCAUCCCAAGAAGUAUUCCUUUUUGCAAGUGAUCGCUGCCUGGUGCUGCUGCAGCAGAAGCGCAGAGAGACGCGUUCUCUGGGCACGACUGUGUGAGUGAGAGGGUCCGGUUCAGGGGGGAAACCCUUUUGACUCGAAUUAAGGGGAGGGCUGCGUGAGGGCUGAAGAAGGAAGACAGGGGAAAAAAAGGAAAAGGAAAGUCAGGGGAGGGCUGGGAAGAAAGUGGUGAUGGUGGUGGUGGUGCCAGACGCAGCGACAGGAGCGUAGGUACGUGCGUUAUCUGAGUGUGUGACGUGAUAUUGCAGCCUGCUCCUGGAGCUGUGCAGGCAGCCAGCAGAGCAGAGGCAACGCAGAGCGCGUCUGUUUCUUCGUCCUCUGCUGUUUGUUACUCACGAAGCCCCAACACCUCACAUCCACCCACACCAGGAUCCCUGUUUCCUUCCUUCCGUCCUCCGUCCAUCCUCCUAUCCCUCCUCCAGAGUAGGGGAGCUGCUUUACCACGCGUUUUUUGUUGGAGAAAAACAUAUCAGUGGAAAUUAACGACGCGGUGUCGGCCGAUUUAAUUUAUGGUAAUACUGUAAGAAUAGCUUUCCAUCACUCCAAGAAUUUCUCUUUCUAUCUCUCUCUCCCUCCUUCCUUCUCUCUCUCUCUCUCUCUCUCACACUCUCUCUCUCUCUCCCUCUCUCAUCACUCUCCUCUCAGCAUCCUUCUCUCUCCCUCUCUUUUCGGUGGCUGUCGUGUGUUGUUGCGCUCCGUUUUGAUGGGAAAAACCCAGAAGAGGAAGAAGAAGACAGUGGGGAUAUGAUCGCACAGACCGGAGUGUAAACGCAUAUUUUAUUUUUCUUCAUCCAUUUGAAACCAAGACCUUCUUGUUGCGCCGGACUUGGCAAUGGGGAGUAUCGAUUCACUGAGGGGCUGCAGAAUUUAUCUAUGAAGGAUGUGGUCAAGUAUGUUGGAAAAAUAGCCAUAGCUACCGCAGUGUAAGGCCAAAUGACAUAGGAUGAAGGCUGUGCGAAACCUGUUGAUUUAUAUAUUUUCCACCUAUCUCCUGGUUAUGUUUGGAUUAUCCAGUGCCCAAGAUUAUUGGUGUUCCAGUCUGGUAAAGGGGGUCAUUUAUGGAUCAUAUUCAGUGACUGAAAUGUUUCCCAAGAACUAUACAAACUGUACAUGGACGCUGGAGAACCCAGACCCUACCAAAUACAGCAUCUACCUGAAACUGUACAAGCGAGACUUGAGCUGCUCCGAAUAUUCUUUGCUUGCUUAUCAGUUUGACCAUUACUCCCAUGAAAAGAUCAAUGCGUUGCUGCGAGUCAACGAGUCCAUAGUGUACCUGUGUGAUACAAAGAAUAUUUAUGUAUUUUUGCUGUAUGACAAGAAUUUUGUUCAGCUACGGAGAGUUUUUCCCUACGAUUACAAUGGAUUGAUGCCACAGAAGCUGGAUGAGGAGGACAAAUCCAUCGUGGAGUUCUUGGUCCUGAACAAGGCGAGUCCCAGCCAGUUUGGCUGUCAAGUGCUUUGUACAUGGUUGGAAAACUGCCUCAAGUUAGAGAAAGGGACGGUGGAGACGUGUGGGAUCGUGUACACAAAAUGCACGUGUCCUCAGCAUUUAGGCGACGGAGAAUCAGAGAGUAUGCUCAUGCUCAACAAUGUGGUUUUACCUUUGAAUCCCCAAACGGAGGGAUGCUUGUCUCCUCAGCUACACCCGGGGCAGGUCUGCAAUCUGAGUGCAGAAGUGAAGCGUCCUCCUAAAGAAGAAUAUGGAAUGAUCGGAGAGCAUACAGUAAAAAGUCAGCGGCCAAGAUCAGUUCAUGACACAAAGGCCCUGAAGGAGCAAGCUGAUUCUGCUAAAUUUAUGGCACAAACUGGUGAAUCAGGUGCAGAGGAGUGGUCCCAGUGGAGCUCAUGCUCUGUAACAUGUGGUCAAGGGUCGCAGGUGCGAACAAGAACAUGUGUCUCACCAUACGGAACUCACUGCAGCGGGCCUUUAAGAGAAUCAAGGGUUUGCAAUAACACUGCCCCUUGUCCAGUACAUGGUGUGUGGGAGGAGUGGUCACCGUGGAGCCUGUGCUCGUUCACUUGUGGCCGUGGGCAUCGCACUAGGACUAGGAUGUGUGCCCCUCCCCAGCACGGAGGCAGGGCCUGUGAUGGACCCGAGACGCAGACUAAGCUUUGCAACAUAGCCCUGUGUCCAGUGGAUGGACAGUGGCAGGAGUGGAGCUCCUGGAGCGAUUGCUCAGUGACCUGUGCCAAUGGCACUCAGCAGAGGACCAGGCAGUGCUCAGCAGCCGCCCAUGGGGGAUCUGAAUGUCGCGGUCACUGGGCAGAAAGCAGAGAGUGCCAUAAUCCUGAUUGUACAGCCAACGGCCAGUGGAAUCCAUGGGGCCCAUGGAGUGGCUGCUCCAAGUCAUGUGAUGGUGGAUGGCAGAGGCGAGUCAGAGUGUGUCAGGGGGCAGCAGUGACUGGACACCAGUGUGAUGGCAACGGAGAGGAAGUCCGAAAGUGCAGCGACCAGCGUUGCCCAGCACCGUAUGAGAUUUGUCCUGAGGACUAUGCAGUGUCAAUGGUGUGGAGGCGGACACCUUCAGGGGAACUGGCCUUUAAUAGAUGCCCUCCUAAUGCCACAGGCACCACUAGUCGACGCUGCUCUUUGGAUAACCGUGGUAUGGCCUUCUGGGAGCAGCCCAGCUAUGCUCGAUGCAUAACAAACGAAUUCAGAUACUUGCAGCAAUCAGUUCAGGGUCACCUUGCUAAAGGCCAGAGGAUGUUGGCCGGGGAUGGAAUGUCCCAGGUCACGAAGAAUCUGCUGGACCUUACCCAGAGGAGAAACUUCUACGCCGGUGACCUACUCUCGUCAGUGGAGAUCCUCCGCAAUGUGACAGAGACCUUCAAGAGAGCCAGCUACGAGCCAUCGUCAGACGAUGUUCAAAAUUUCUUUCAAAUCAUCAGCAACCUCUUGGAGGAGGAAAAUAAGGAGAAAUGGGAAGAUGCACAGAAGAUCUAUCCAGGAGCAGUUGAACUCAUGCAGGUCAUAGAGGAAUUCAUCCACAUCGUCGGUUUGGGCAUGAAGGAUUUCCACAACGCCUAUUUGAUGACUGGAAACUUGGUGGCCAGCAUCCAGAGACUUCCAGCAGUAUCAGUGAUGACUGACAUCAACUUCCCCAUGAAGGGUCGUAAAGGAAUGGUGGACUGGGCCAGGAAUUCUGAGGAUAAAGUGGUCAUCCCAAAGGGCCUCUUUGUUUCCCAGUCAGCAGAUAUUGAAGGUUCUCCCGUCUUCAUUCUGGGAACAGUUCUGUACAAAACUCUUGGACUCAUGCUGCCCUCACCAAAGAACUACACGGUCGUCAACUCCAAGGUCAUCGCUGUAACUGUGAGACCGGAGCCCAGGACGAGUGAGUCUCACUUGGAGAUCGAACUGGCUCACCUGACCAAUGGAACGAUGCAGCCUUACUGUGCACUGUGGGACAGCGCUGUAACGAACGACUCCUGGGGAACAUGGUCCACAAAAGGAUGCAAGACGGUGCUCACAGAUGCAUCCCAUACGAAAUGCUUAUGUGAUCGUGUGUCUACCUUCGCCAUUUUGGCUCAGCAACCAAGAGAAAUAACCAUGGACUUCUCAGGGGUCCCAUCUGUGACACUGAUAGUUGGCUGUGGUCUCUCCUGCCUCGCCUUGAUCACACUGGCAGUGAUCUACGCUGUGCUGUGGAGAUACAUUCGCUCUGAACGAUCCAUCAUCCUGCUGCAUUUCUGCCUGUCGAUCAUCUGCUCCAAUAUACUCAUCCUGGUUGGACAAACACAGACCCACAAUGUGGGCGUCUGCAUCAUGACAACGGCCUUUCUGCAUUUUUUCUUCCUGGCGUCGUUCUGCUGGGUCCUGACAGAGGCCUGGCAGUCGUACAUGGCAGUGACAGGAAAGGUUCGGACCAGGCUCAUCCGCAAACGCUUCCUGUGUCUAGGCUGGGGAUUACCAGCUUUAGUGGUCGCUAUUUCGAUGGGAUUCACCAAAACCAAAGGCUACGGGACGCCCUUAUACUGUUGGCUCUCACUGGAGGGCGGGCUCCUGUACGCCUUCGUUGGACCUGCAGCUGCUGUUGUUCUGGUAAGUGGUACCGGUGUUGUUGUUGUUUGUCAUGCUGUUGUCUCUACGUCCCACAGACAGAUGAGUGAGCCGCACACAGGACUGACUCUCAAGUGUGCCAAAUGUGGUGUCGUAUCAACAACUGCUUUAUCAGCAACUACGGCUAGCAACGCAAUGGCGUCCCUGUGGAGCUCCUGUGUCGUCCUCCCUCUGCUGGCUCUGACCUGGAUGUCCGCAGUGCUGGCCAUGACAGACAAGCGCUCCAUCCUCUUUCAGGUUCUCUUCGCAGUCUUCGACUCGCUGCAGGGAUUUGUCAUUGUGAUGGUGCACUGCAUUCUUCGGAGGGAGGUCCAGGACGCUUUCAGAUGUCGGCUCAGAAACUGCCAAGACCCCAUCAGCGGUGAUGCUACAGGAACUUUUCCUAAUGGCCAUGCUCAGAUAAUGACGGACUUUGAAAAAGACGUGGACAUCGCAUGCAGAUCAGCACUGCAUAAAGACAUGGGCUCUUGUCGAGCUGCCACCAUAACUGGUACCCUCUCUCGCAUCUCCCUCAAUGAUGAAGAGGACGAGAAGGCCCCCGAGGGCCUCAACUACUCCACGUUGCCUGGCAACAUCAUCUCCAAAGUGAUCAUACAGCAGCCCUCAGCUCUGCACUUGCCAAUGGGCGUGGGCGAGCUGAAGGAGCAGUGCAUGGCUGACAGUGGCGCCGACAUGCGCCGCGCGGUUUACCUCUGCACCGACGACGCCCUGAGAAAGAGCGACCAGGACAUGGGUGGCCACGACAUGGACGGCCACUCUGCCCAGAGCCAGAUGAUGGAGACGGACUACAUCGUCAUGCCCCGUGCCUCCGCUGCGGCAGUGUCGGGCAACAUGCCUACGCUGCUGAAAGAGGAAACCAAGAUGAACAUCACUAUGGAUACGCUGUCAAACGAGAGGCUGAUGCACUACAAAAUGAGCCCAGAUUUUAACAUCAGCCCUUCAGGCAUGGACCACAUGAAUGUGAACCUGGAGCAGCAGUAUCCCAGCGCUCCGGAGCAGAUGCAAAACCUGCCCUUUGAACCGCGCACGGCUGUUAAGAACUUCCUGGCCGAGAUGGAGGAGACGGCGGGUCUGGCUCGGAGCGAGACAGGGUCGACAAUAUCCAUGAGCUCCUUGGAGAGACGGAAGUCACGAUAUUCCGAUCUGGACUUUGAGAAAGUCAUGCACACCAGGAAAAGACACAUGGAGCUGUUCCAGGAACUGAAUCAGAAAUUUCAAACCCUGGACCGAUUUCGAGACAUACCAAAUAUGGGCAGCAUGGACAAGGCAAUGCCAAACAAGAAUCCGUGGGAGAGCUACAAUCCAGCCUGCGAGUACCAGAACUACGCUACUAUGAAUGUACUAGAUUCCGACACCAAGGACUCACUGGAAAUGACGGCGGCUGAGUGGGAAAAGUGUGUCAACCUCCCCUUAGACGUCCAGGAAGGAGACUUCCAGACUGAGGUCUGAACAGUGGGUGAGGUGGAGGGGAGAAAUGCAAAGCAGGAGCAAAGGAGAAAGUUGUGUGAAAAAAACUGAACAAAGCAACAGACUUUUCUAAAAGCCUUGGCAUACAUAUCUGGAUCGUACGUGACAGUGUGUGGCAGGGACAUGAUGUGCCAAUACCGUGCAGCGACCGUGGAGAGACGGGAGAAAAAAAAAAAAAAGAAAAAAAAAAAGAAAGGGAGCAGAGCAGAGGGUUAAAAAAAAAAAACAUCAGUGUUACUUUUUGUAUUCUCACUAGUGUACUUAGUGUGGGGCAGCCUGGUGUACAAUACUUACCAUCACGUGUUACAAAACUGUCUGUUGAGGAAUUGGCCUGAAAAAAAGUAAAAUAAAAUGAUUCAAAGAAAAACAAAUUUCUCUCAAUGAAAAACCUCACAAAGCAAACGACGUGCCAUGUCGUCCCGGCUUCGUCGGGUCCAGUUUUGAUUUGACAAAACUUGACCCGGGAGCACAAUGUAUAUAUUUAUGCAGGUUUUUAAAAAGUUUAUAACAGUCCGUUUGGCCAUUACUACACUUUUUACUUUAUAAUAUAAAACAUGGGAGGCAAAGAGGAAUUUUUUCUGUCAUAUAAAAAUGAAUGUUUGUCAAGCUACAUUCUUCAUUGCUUUAAAUGCAAUAAAGAUAAUACUCACUUUUAUAUAAAUAAUAUAUUUCACAACUUUAAUACUGCAGAAUCUGCUUGAAGGAUCCCGGCAAGCUCUCACAUCUGCAGCUCUGUAUAAAAUAUUUAAAAACAAAAUGUUGUAUGGUGUAAAUAAACUUUUGUCUACAUAUGUUUUACUUGUGCCAAUUUAUUUUAAUGAGAAAAGGAGAAGAAAAAAAAAGCCGGUGCCAAGCGGAUCUAAAAGUUAUAGCGAGAAAAUGUUACCAUUUGAAAAGGAAUGUAAAUAAAAGAGGAAAUAUGUUCGUACUGCUUCA